AUGGAUGGAUCUUGCCACGGACUGGUUGGUGGACGGUUGUGGCGCAUGUGGGUUCUCCUGUUCUGGCAGCACCUGCGAGAGUUUAUUUUCUUGGUCCCGGGUUUGGCCCGCCUGGGUGUCAGUAAUCCCGGGCUGGGAUUUCUUGAUCGGUUGUGCAUACCGCAAGAUGACCCACAGAAGAUUGCUCAGUGUGUCUAUGGUCUGGCUUCCAUCUUGAACAAGUCCGAUGACCUCAUUGUUCUGUGGUAUGAGAUUGCUAGCUUCCUGAUGAGGCGCAAGGAAGCGGAUCGAAUCAAGUUCGUGCCAGUGCAAAUCUCGGUUAUAUGGAUCCUGACCCAUAUUGCCGUGUCCACCACGUGGCUCACGCUCCUGCUUGCACAGCGGUUUGGCCACUACCUCUUUCAGUGGCACACACUUAGCGGGAAGAUCAAUUUGGGUCUGGUUGUGGCAGUGCAGAUUUGUGUGCUUUACCCGCCGUUGUUCUAUCUUUUGAAUCAGAUGAUGUCCGACCUUGUGCAGUUGCCCAGAGUCCUGCAUGAUUUUGAUAUACGCACCGCCCAAUGCUUCUGCUGCUCCAAUCACCAUCGGCACCCUUCCACUGGAGCAGAGCUGGAUUGCGACCGGCAGCUCAUUUAUGGCGUGCUGCGGAUGUGGUCCGGAUCCCGUGCGGAUGCUGCAGACGUGGAACUGAUUCAAGCAGUUUUCAAAGGGCACUUGGAAAGGCACCUAAUACCUUCGGUUGAGAAGAGGAUUUCACGCAAUGGCAUGCUAAUGCGCCCAUUGAUCUCAGCCGCUGCAAUCGGUGCUUUCCCCUUCUUUUCUGACUUCAUUGCAAGAGAGGUGGUCAUGCUGUUUCACCACGGCUGGCUCAGCACAUACACAAAUUUGUGCUUGGGUCUCUACUUCCUGUUUUAUAUGCCAGUCUUCAUCCGCUGUCUUCUGCUACUGGGAAAGGUCGGCAGUCGUCGGUGGAGGGGGUCGUGCUGCAAGUGCCUCGUAGUCGCUUGCCAAGCACUGGUCAUGUUCCUGGUCAGUGUGGUGGUGGUCGUGGGCUAUUCUCUCUCCAACGCAUUCUCCCCAAGGGAUGUUUGGACAUCCCCUUUGCAUCCGAUGCCCAUGUACUUGCUUGGCGUGAUGAUCAUUUCCGGUACGAUCAUUGGUCUGCCUCAUCUCUUUCUCUGCUGCAGAAGGUCAGUCAUGAUUGGUGGCACACCCAAACACUGCGGUAUCAGGUCGGUAGCAGCCGACAUGCCUAAGGCCAGGAAAGAGCCGGAGACAAAAGAUCAGAUCUUUGACCCUGCAGAUAUCGUGUGGGAGGAGUCUUUCUUCGGGAUAUGA